AAAAUAGGGCGUUCUGGAGACUCCCUCAUUCAUUUGCAGACAAAUCGCUAGUCUUAAAGACGAAGGCGUAGCGUAACGUAUCCAUAAGAGAGCCUGAAGAAAAAAGGGUGUUUCGACUUGAUCCGAGUCUGAGAGCAGGAUAGUCCCACUGUGCGCAGAAAGUGGGCUCUGUCUGCGUAAAGAUCCACAGUCUCCAGAGAUAGGCUGAAAUUUACAUUGGCAGAGUUUUUUUUUUUUUAAACCGCCCUAAACUUAGAUCUAUUUGAUUGCUCAUGCUUGCAACUGAUGAGGAAUUUAAUUAAAAGUAGCUUUUAAGAUAUGGCCAAGUUAUUCCGAGCUGCUAUCAUGGGUCCACCGGGAUCAGGGAAAGGAACGAUAUCCCAGAGGAUUGCGCAAAGUUUUGGCCUGCAGUAUCUGUCCAGUGGUCAUUUUCUACGAGAGGGCAUAGCGGCAAAAACAGAGGCAGGCUUGCUGGUGAAGACCUAUGUAGAGAGAAGCAUGCUGGUGCCUGACCAUGUGAUGACCAGAUUGAUGCUGCCCAGACUGGAACAGCUGAGCGGUCACAGCUGGCUGCUGGAUGGUUUCCCCCGCACACUCGGACAGGCUUUGGCCCUCAACAAUUUGUAUCAGCUAGACUUGGUUAUCAGCCUAAACAUCCCCUAUGAGACUCUCAAGGAGAGACUGAGCGACCGCUGGAUCCAUCCAGCCAGCGGCAGAGUCUACAACAUGGGCUUCAACCCUCCCCGAGUGCAGGGUAAGGAUGACAUCACAGGAGAGCCACUGAUUCAGCACGAUGACGACAAGCCGGAGGCUCUGAUGGCCAGACUGAGACAUUACAAAGAUGUGGCAAAACCCGUAAUUGAUUUGUACAAGUCACAAGGAAUCCUGCACUCAUUUUCCGGUACAGAGACAGACCGGAUUUGGCCUUAUAUCAAUUCUCUCCUCAGCACCAAGAUGCACACACAGCCAUCAGAUACCUGCCAAGCUCAGACACCAUGAGUCUACCCCGAAUGAACAAAAAACCAAGGGGAAGGGGGGGAAGAAGUGCAGUGGUGCCUUUAUGUACUGGCCUGGUGUCAGCUUUCGGUUUGGCCAUUAAGAGUGAACUUUAGAACAAUGGACCAGGUCACUGACACACAUGUUUCUCAUUGACUGUCCAGUUUUCCAAACGAAAGAUUGUAUGAAAAUUUUCAAAGACUUAUAGAAUGAAGAUUGUGACAAAUUCAGAUUCAGAAUCCUGACAGUAAAACAUUCAAGAUCGUUCAAGGCUGCUAAAAACCAAAAUGCUUAAACAUCCAAAUUCUGCACAACACUUUCAUUAAUCAGUUUAUCACACAUGAAUUUUGAUCUUCAGUUGCUCCGAC